CGGAACCGCUGCUGCAUGAAAGCGGGCGAAGAAGGGGAGAAGAAGGGCCUUCUGUGGGCGUUGUGGCGUGCCUUGGUCCAUGUGUGCUGUUAUGCGCUCGCAUACCCAUGAAAAUCUUGGGUUUCUGGUGGAGGUAUGAGCCGGUUUGCUGCUGUCCCAGCAGCGGCAGCAGCAGCUGCAGCAGGUGGGUCUGGUGAUGGUGAUUGGCGUCAGUUCUUUGUGCGUGAUCAAGCCUACGGAGAAUGGAACGUCUGGCUGGACCCGAAGGACAACGCACGGGAAGGCUUUCCCUCACAGCCGCUCACAGAUGAGUCAGGUGAGUGAGAUGAGGCAGACACAAAGACAGACAGACACAUGGAUAGAUAGAGAUGCUGCGCGCACUCGGCAUCUCCCUCCCAUCUUCCUCUCUGGUGUGAUAUCUGUGGUUGGUGUGGACAGCCGCUCGUUUCGCCCAGUGGCUGCGUCGCCAUCCCCCGCCAGCCGACUGCUACAGAGCGACGCCGAACGACCGAGUUCGUCCGACGGCGGUGGUCAACCUGAGCAACAAUCACUCGUUGGGCGACCGGGGCCUCGACGCCAUAGUAGGGGCGCUGCUGGAGAUACGACUGGACAUCCGUUUGCUCAAGGUGUACAAAUGCAACAUAGGCCGCGCCGGUGAGCACACAGAGAUCUAGGGGGGAGAUGUGUGUGUUCGGUUCGGUGUGUGCGUAUGUGUGUGUGUCAGGUGCUGAGUCGAUAUGUCGACUGAUCAGGGGCCUGCCGACGGCGAUGGCGGAGAUCCACCUGUCGGACAACCGCAUCGACCAGGCCGGCGCGAAGGCCAUCAUGGAGGCCCUCGUAGACCUGUCGCCGCACCUCUACCCUCGACACGACCCCAAGUUAGUGUGUGUGUUGGUAAAUGGGAUGGUUGACGGAAUGUAGUGAGAGUGUGUUUCCGAUCUCUGUGAAUGUGUUGUGUCGUGUCGUGUGUGUGUGUGUGCAGGCGACCGCCUGCGCCGGUGUGGCUAAGAUUGGUACAUGCCGCAUGCCAACACACCGAUGGAUGGCUGAAUGGAUGGAUGGCGCACCAUUGAAUUGCUCAAAAAGGUGUUUGUGUUGUGUCUGAUCUGAUCUGAUCUGAUCUGAUUGUGUGCAGGAGAACAACCCCAUCCAUGACGCGCCAGCAUGUGAGCCAAGCCAAGCCACCAAACCUGCAUUUCACAUAUACGUCACUUUCUGUACCCCUCUAAUGCGCUGCGCUUGCCUUCAGUGCUCCGGUGGCUCGAGUUGCGCCGCGUCCGCGUGUGCACGAAUGUGGAUCGGAAUAGGUGCACCAACACACGGUGUGCCCUGGUGGACCGGCGAGACCCCCGAGGCACCUGCCCCCUCCUCCACAUCGGCACCCUGGCGGCAUACGCAACUUCUCGGGACACCAGACGCCUCCCGCAGCCACAAGCACAACAACAGCAGCAACACGAGAGGCAACAGCAACCGCACCAGCCGGCAGCAGCAGCAGCAGCGGCUUCGCCUGUCGAUCGGCCGUGGGCGCCACCCCCUCUCCCUCCCUCCCCAUCGCCAUCGCAAGUACCCACAUUCCCUCCGGCGGCAUCGGCAGCUGCUGCUGCUGCCUCGUCGCAAGCGACGGCUAGCUCGUCGUCGGCUGCUGAAGUGAGGAAUGGUGAUAGAGCUCCUGGUGUCCCGUUUUCUCGGCCAGCCGCCCUUGAUAUGAGUCAGCUAUUGCGGCCAGAGGCGGCCAGGGGUGCACCUGCUGCUGCAGCGUCCUCUGCCUCCGGCCCCGCCCCUCGCGAGUUGUUGAAGAAGGUGCAGCACACGUGGAAGCCCGUGGCGCGGUCGAACCCGGACUCUCCCACCGACACAGAACAGCGGCCGACGUCUUUCUCAUCGUCGGCUGCUGCUCGUUCUACUACUGAGGGCUUUGUGGCUCCUGAUGGUCAGAGCGCUGGGAGGAAUGAGAGUCCGCCAGCUGCUGCGGCUGAGAGGAUCACGGUGGCUGGGACACCUGCGCCCGUCGGCGCACCCUCCACCCACCAGCCCGCAGACGCAAACCAGCAAUGGCUGAUCGACUCCCAGCAUUUGCGAGGGGGUCUGACGGAGCUGGGUGUGAGCGUCGACCCGGGAGAGCUGGACGACGUGCCCUCGCCCCCGCCCUUCGCCCCACCGAACCUGCGGCAACCUGCUGCGGGCCCUCCCCCAUCUCCCCCACCACUCCCUCCCCAUCUGUUGCCCGGGCUCAACGGCAGCAUGCCUCUCCCAGGGCAUGAGGGCGCGGCGAGCGAUGGUGCUGACCAGGAGAGGCAGAGGCGGGAUGCAUCGCCGCCGUGCAGCCCCACCCCAGCCGCGGCAGCAGCAGCAGCAGCAGCAGCGGCUUCAUCAUCGGCAUCAUCAAUCUCGGUGGGUCACCUUGGCGACGGCUGGUGGCGGCCGCCACCUUUUCCCCCGCCCCCGCCCCCUGCCCCUCCCACCAUCCUCAGUCACCUGCAGCCGCCCCCAUUCCCACCACCACCAGCACCAGCAGCCCCACCAGCAGCCGUGAGUGCCAGUGCAGCACCUGUGACAGCAGCAGCAGCAGCAGCUGCUGCUGCUGCAGCAGCUGCUGCUUCCGUGACGCCCAGCCAGCCGUCGUCUCCUGGGCAAGACAGCCCGCUGCCGGCCAGCGACAUGGUGGAGGGUAGCACGGCGACGAGUUCGGGCAACCUGCGAGACGACAACAAUGGGGUGCCCGGGGGCGGGAGUGGAAAUAAUGACGGUGGUGGUGGAGGAGGGGUGAUGACGGGUGAGGAGGCGUUGGCCGAUGUGGAUUGGUCGUGUUUGAGUCUGGACGAGAUGAAGGCGCAGUACAGGCGGCUUAUAGACUUUGGCGAACGAGACCUUAACGACAGAUAGACAGCCGAGCGUCUGACUGAGUGAAUGAGUAGGUGAAUGAGUGAGUGGGUGACUGGACGGACGGACGGACCACAGGUGUAGAUACAUACGAUGCGCAUGCAUGUCGUCUGGCUGGCUGCCUGACGGGAUUGACUUCUGGCACCUUCCUUCUGCAUGACGUGGCAUGAGUGGCUGUGUCAGUCAAUUGAUCAAUGUGCUGGAUGGGCG